AUCGUGCUGGUCAGUGCUGGUGGUGUUCUGGUGGUGUUGUGUUGUGUUGACCAGGUGUUGAUUGUUGACUUGAUGAGUUUUACGGCGCCGGCAGCGGAGCCAAAAGAAAUUGGAAAAGACUGACUGUUUAUGAGAGAUAACUCACUGUCGAAUGCAGAAAGGAUCCCACAAUGGCCUCGUCAACAAUGAAAGCAGAGUCUGGACUUCAAAUGCUGUCUCGGCUGUCUGGUUGCAAAGGAUCCAGCAUUUCCAACCUUCAGCCUGCUCUUUUUCCUUCAGGACUGCUACAGCCCCAUCAGGUUAUCGAAUUCAGAGGGAAUGAGGGUUCAUUAUCUUCCAGACUGUGCUCUCAUCUCUUGGAACGCUGCAUCUUGCCCAUUUCUAUAGGAGGUCUUGAACUAGACGCGAUUUUCAUUGACACAGAGCACCAGUUGCGAAUUCACCACUUGGCAAGUGCCCUUGAAAUGACCCUAAGAAAAGGUGGCUUGGGUCGGAAAGAAAUACAAAAGUCGUUGAAAUCGGCCCUUGAUCACCUUGUGAUACUUCAGUGCUUCAACUCAACUCAGCUGCUGUCAUGCAUGCACUCGUUGCCCCAGUUGAUCAGGUCGAGACAGAGCAAGGUUGGUCUGGUGGUUGUCGACAGUCCUGCCUCGUACUACCAAUCUGACCUGCUAUUUGAGGUGAACGCUAACAAUGCCAAAGUCAGCAAAGAACACUACCUGGCCGAUAUUUUGUCGCCACUACUCAGCUCGGAAAUUAACCAAUUGAAUAUAGUGCUCGCCUUCACUCUGCCCAUGAGUUACAAGAGGUCAUUUGUUGCUAGUAACCUGCCCAACAAAAGUUACUCAGUCUAUACUAAGCCCGCAGAAGAGGCUUCAUCUUCUGACACAGGAAAUGACAAUGAGUGUUACCAAGUGAUUCUCUACAAAGGAAAAGACUUUGUUCAUCAAACUAGUUUCUCACUAGUGAAAAAUGAAUUAAUCUGGGAAGGCCAGACGGGUUGAACCA